AUGCUCUUUUCUACCUUCUUCACCGUCCCCCUCCUCGCCCUCUCCUUCCUCACCCCCGCCUCCGCCUCCCCCCUCGCCAAGCGGUACACCGGCGUCAAGAUCCAGUCCUACAAGGACGGCAAAUGUCUCUCCCCGAACAGCGACACCAACGCCAACGGUGUCUGGGUCGUCUCUGUCCCUUGUGACAACGCCAAGACUUGGGACAUCAACCCCGGGUCCGGGAGCGUCAAGCUAUCUGGCACCAACUUUGUUCUCGACGCUGGUACUGGCAAGGACAACAAUGAGGGUGUCAAGAUCUGGCAAUCCUACCCCGGUGUCUUCCAGCAGACAUGGUUCCUCACUGAUGACAAGCGUAUUGCGAUCACUGGCGGUAACCAGUGUCUCGACCAAGGCGACAAUGGACCUCAGACCUACGCUUGCACUCCAUACAACACCAACCAAGUCUGGAACAUCAUCGAAGGUGGUGGUGGUACCCCCUCCUCCUCUUCCUCGAGCGCUACUCCUUCCAGGACUUGCGUCGCUUGGAGCUCCUAA